AAUGAAGACCUGGUGCGGCAAUUCCUGGACCAAACCCUAACGUCCCGUCUGGGCAUUCGUAUGCUUUGUGAACACCACUUGGCGUUGGCCUCAGACGCGGCCGCAGAAGAAGAGCGGACUAAUUAUAUGGGUAUCAUAAACGUAACGAUGAGACUCCGGGAUGUGGUGGACAAUUGGUGCGACUACGUGGCCGACAUGUCUGACCACCAUUACGGCCGAUCGCCGCCAUUCAAAAUCAACGGACACGUGAGCGUACAGUUCCCGUACAUACAGACGCCGUUGGAUUACAUUCUGCCGGAGCUCCUGAAGAACGCCGCCCGUGCCACAAUAGAGGCACACCUGGACUCACCAACACUGCCACCCGUGACGGUGACCAUAGCGUCCAACGACACGGACUUUAUCAUACGGAUCACGGAUAGGGGCGGAGGCAUACGUCACGAUCUCGUAGAUCUGGUCACCCGUUACCACUUCAGCACAGCCGGCGAGUCCAUCGAUAGUCGACUCGACGGCGGUAUACUCGGCCACAUUAUGAAGGACUCGGCCACCAGCGCGUCGCCAAUGCAUGGCUUCGGGUUUGGUUUGCCCACCAGUCGAGCCUAUGCCGAGUACUUGGGCGGCAGACUCUCCAUUGAGUCCAUGCAAGGCAUCGGCACCGAUGUGUACCUAAGGCUCCGCCACAUCGACGGCAAACAAGAGUCGUUUAGGAUUUAAUUAAUUUUAAUUUAAUGUUUUUAAAUUACAUAUUAGCUGUUUUUUUUUAACUAUUAUUA